AUAGACCAGACAGCUUUAUAUUGUAAGAAGGGGUCCUGGUAUUAUCUGGGUGCUCCCCAUUUCAAGAUGGCAGCGAACAGUAGCAGCACUACGGUGGCCAGUAAAACCAACAACAGCACUGGGGGAAAGCAGUCCGGUCCAUCGGCGGAGCAGGUGGUGGCUGCAUUUCAGCGGAUGCGACAAGAGCAGCGGAGCAUGGCUGCGAAGGCAGCGGAGUUGGAGAUGGAAAUUAAUGAGCACAGCCUGGUGAUAGACACCCUGCAAGAGGUGGACCCUUCUCGGAAGUGCUUCCGCUUGGUUGGGGGAGUUCUGGUGGAGAGGACAGUGAAGGAGGUUCUGCCUGCGCUUGAAAGUAACAAAGGACAGAUAUCGAGGAUAGUGGAGUCCCUCAGCACACAGAUGCAGGCGAAAGGGCGGGAGCUGACAGAGUACCGGGAACGCUACAACAUUCGAUUGGUCGGAGAGGAUGAAGGGUCCAGCAAAGGGGCAGCGUCCAAUCGGGAAAGUGAAGGAGGCGGGGCAUCUAAAGGAGGAGCUGGCGUCCUGGUGUCAUAGGAGGACAUCUUUUUUGGGAAAAUAAAAUAAAAAAAUCCCCCAGAAUGCCAUAGAGUGAAAGUUGCCACGUACUUACUGUAUUUGUGUGUAGAGAAUUUUUAUUUGUUUUUUCUUUGUUCUUUUUGAGUUUAUGAAUAAAAAUUGAAAAUUGUAAUCACA